AUGGGCGACGGGCCGGCCAGCACGCACGCAGUGCCGUCCUUUCUCAGUGACCCGGCAUCUUUGCCCACCGAAUGCUGCCAGCCUGCAGUGAAUACCAUGUCUCAGACUGUCGGCUUCUCCCAGCCCAAGAGCCCCUGCUACACCUCCCCCCAAAGUGCCUCUGUCUGGAAGCUGGACCCCCCGUGGGACGCCAGCCCUGCUGGGCUCCUGGUUGUCAGCUCCCCUCACCCCUCAGCUGCCUUGGGUGGGUGGUCCCGGGUCAGGAUGGCCACGGACCCCACAGGGCUGUGUGGACGCUGCCGGGGAAAUGAGGCGGCUCCAGGCCCCGGGGCAGGGGCCAUGUGGGCUCCACGCUGCUGGUUGCCAGUGGGGCUGCUCCUACUGAUCCUGGAUGCUGGCCUGGGCCCCGCGAGCAGCCGCCUGAGGCUGGCUGUGCUGCCCGAGGACCAGCUGCAGAUGAAGUGGAGGGAGUCAGGAGGGGGCAGCCUCGGCUACCUGGUACAGGUGAAGCCCAGGGCAGGGGACAUGGAACAGGAGGUGAUGUUGACUACCAGGACCCCCAAGGCCACGGUGGGGGGCUUGAGCCCCUCCAAGGGCUACACCGUGCAGAUCUUCGAGCUCACCAGCUCAGGGAAGGCCCUGCUGGCACAGCGGGAGUUUGUGAUUGAGGAUUUGAAGAGUCACUCUGUGAGCAGGAGUGGCCAGAUGCCACUGGAGGCAGCCAUGGAGCCCAUGCCCUCCCACGUGGGGAGCCCAGACCCUGAGCCCCGAGUCGCCUUGUCCCCAAGCCAAGACCCGCCCACUCCUGCUAGCCCCAAGUUCCGCUGCACACCCCCCACACCCGUGGACAUGAUCUUCCUGGUGGACGGGUCCUGGAGUAUUGGCCACGGUCAUUUCCAGCAGGUCAAAGAUUUCCUGGCCAGCGUCAUCGAGCCCUUUGAAAUUGGGCCAAAUAAAGUCCAAGUCGGCCUGACUCAGUACAGUGGAGACCCCCAGACCGAGUGGGACCUCAGCGCCUUCCGCACCAAGGAGGAGGUGGUGACAGCUGUCCACAGCCUCCGCUACAGAGGGGGAAACACGUUCACAGGCCUGGCCCUGACUCAUGUGCGGGAGCAGAACCUGAAGCCCGGAGCGGGGACCCGUCCAGAGGCGGCCAAGGUGGUGAUCCUAGUGACGGACGGCAAAUCCCAGGACGAUGCCCGUGCUGCUGGCCGCGUCCUCAAGGACCUGGGUGUUGCCGUCUUUGCCGUGGGCGUGAAGAACGCAGAUGAGGCUGAGCUGCAGCUCCUGGCGUCCCCACCGCUGGACAUCACCGUCCACAACGUGCAGGACUUCCCGCAGCUCGGCACCUUGGCCGGCUUGCUCAGCCGCCUCAUCUGCCAGAAGGUGCAGGGCGGGAGCCGGGGCCCCGUUCCACCGGCCGCCGGCACCCCGGCCCCGGAGACUGCCUGCACUCCCAGCAGCCUGGUCUUGACCCAGGUGACCUCUUCCAGCAUCCAGCUGUCCUGGACCCCAGCCCCCCAGCUGCCACUCAAGUAUCUGAUCACGUGGCAGCCUUCCAAGGGCGGCACCCCGCGGGAGGUGGUGGUGGAGGGGCCCACCUCGUCCGCGGAGCUUCACAGCCUGACGGCCGGCACCGAGUACUUGGUGUCUGUGUUCCCUGUCGGCAAGGCCGGGGUCGGCCAGGGCCUGCGGGGCCUUGUGACCACAGCGCCUCUGCCUGCGCCCCAGGCCCUGACCCUGGCUGCCGUGACCCCCAGAACCAUCCGCCUGGCCUGGCAGCCCUCGGCUGGGGCCACACAGUACCUGGUGCGAUGCUCGCCGGCCUUCCCCCCGGGCCAGGAGGAGGGCAGAGAGGUGCGGGUGGGACAGCCAGAGGCACUGCUGGACGGCCUGGAGCCUGGCACAGACUAUGAUGUCUGGGUGCAGAGCUUGCAAGGGACAGAGGCCAGCGAGGCCCGGGGCAUCCGUGCCAGGACCGCCACCCUGGUGCCCCCCAGACACCUCGGCUUCUCAGAUGUGAGUCACGACUCAGUCCGCGUGUUCUGGGAGGGCAUCCCGAGGCCCGUGCGCCUCUUCAGGGUCAGCUUUGUCUCCAGUGAGGGCAGCCACUCCGGGCAGGUGGAGGCCCCUGGGAACGCCAGCUCGGCCACUCUGGGCCCUCUCUCCUCUUCCACCACGUACUCUGUCCGCCUCACCUGCCUCUACCCUGCGGGCGGUUCCUCCACACUGACCGGCCGCCUGACCACACGGAAGGUCCCCAGCCCGAGCCAGCUCUCGGUGACAGAGCUCCCUGGGGACGAGGUCCAGCUGGGGUGGGCAGCUGCCGCGGCUUCUGGAGUGCUCGUCUACCAGAUCAAGUGGACCCCCCUGGGAGAUGGGAAGGCCCGUGAGAUCUCUGUCCCAGGGAACCUGGGCGUGGCGGUCCUGCCUGGCCUCCAAAGCCACUUGGAGUAUGAGAUCACCAUCCUGGCCUACUACAGGGACGGGGCCCGCAGCGACCCAGUGUCCCUCCGCUACACCCCCGGUGCUGCCUGCCUCACAGCACGCCGGAGCCCACCCUCCAACCUGGCCCUGGCUUCUGAGUCACCCAGCAGCCUGCGGGUCAGCUGGACCCCCCCAAGCGGCCACGUCCUCCGCUACCGGCUCACCUACGUGCUGGCCUCGGGCUCGGGACCUGAGAAGUCGAUCUCUGUCCCAGGACCCAGGAGCCACGUGACGCUCCCCGACCUGCUGGCAGCCACCAAAUACAGGGUCCUGGUCUCGGCAGUCUAUGGAGCAGGGGAGAGUAUGCCAGUGUCUGCCACAGGCCGGACGGCCUGCCCCGCCCUCAGCCCCGAUGGCCCCCUCCCAGGCUUCGACCUCAUGGCAGCCUUCGGCCUGGUGGAGAAGGAGUACUCUUCCAUCCGUGGUGUUGCCAUGGAGCGCGCGGCGUUCAGCUGUGCCAGGACCUUCACGCUCUUCAAGGAUGCUCAACUGACCCGCCGGGCCAGUGGCCUCCAGCUGGCUGCCCCCCCACCAGAGCACACGGUGGUCUUCCUGCUGCGCAUGCUGCCCGAGACCCCUCGCGAGAGCUUCGCGUUAUGGCAGAUGACAGCCGAGGACUUCCAGCCCAUCCUGGGGGUCCUGCUGGAUGCUGGCAGGAAGUCUCUGACCUACUUCAACCACGAUCCCAGGGCCACCUUGCAAGAGGUCACCUUUGACCUGCCCGAAGUGAGGAGGAUAUUCUUUGGAAGCUUCCACAAGGUGCAUGUGGCCGUGGGCCGCUCCAAGGUCAGGCUCUACGUGGACUGCCGGAAGGUGGCCGAGAGGCCCAUCGGGGAGGCGGGCAGCCCACCUGCCGCGGGCUUCGUGAUGCUGGGGAGGUUGGCCAAGGCCCGGGGCCCCCGGAGCAGCUCAGCCACAUUCCAGCUCCAGAUGCUGCAGAUCGUGUGCAGCGAGUCCUGGGCAGAGGAAGACAUGUGCUGUGAGCUCCCUGCGGCGAAGGAUGGAGAGACCUGCCCUGCCUUCCCAUCUGCCUCCACCUGCACCUGUUCCUCACAGAGCCCUGGGCCCCCGGGGCCCCAAGGACCUCCGGGCCUCCCUGGAAGGAACGGAACCCCAGGAGAGCAGGGUUUCCCAGGGCCCAGGGGUCCGCCAGGGGUCAAAGGAGAGAAGGGGGACCAUGGGCUCCCGGGCUUGCAGGGCCAUCCCGGUCACCAGGGAGCCCCCGGGAAGGUCGGCCUCCAGGGACCAAAGGGAAUGCGAGGCCUGGAGGGGAGCACUGGCCUGCCUGGACCUCCAGGCCCGAGGGGCUUCCAGGGCACGGCGGGGGCCAGGGGCACUGGAGGGGAGAGGGGACCCCCGGGGGCCGUGGGGCCCACGGGGCUGCCAGGACCCAAAGGGGAGCGAGGAGAGAAGGGUGAGCCACAGUCCCUGGCCACCAUCUACCAGCUCCUGAGCCAGGCCUCUCAUGUGCUGAAGUUCCACUCCUUUCUCCAUGAGAGCGCCAGGCCCCCCAGGCCCAUCUGGGAGGCCCCCAGGCACCCCGGCACACUCAGUGAGACCCGGCUCCCUGGAGAAGGGGGAGAUGUUGGCCCCCGCCCGGUGAACGGAGGUGAGCCCAGAGCCCUCAGUCACAUGGGCAGCCCUCAGCUGAAAGGGAGCGAGCCUCCAGGACCCCCAGGAGGAACAGGUGAGCCCCCACCCUGCGGGGAGGGGGAGCCCCAAGGGGCAGCUGCAAGGACGGUUCCCGUGCUGCCCACAGUGACCCUGCACCCCUCCCCAGACUUUGGGCACCGAGAGCGGCUGUGCGGGCAGGAGGAGCGAGUCCGGGAGGGACCUGGGAGCGGAAGGAGGGCGGCAGGUGUCUGGACACGCCAGCAGGAUGUCGAGGAGGGGCCUCCGCCAUCAUCCCGGGUGUCGUGCAGUGCCGUCCAACACGGCAUUUUUAUUCAGACUGAAAGGGAAAACUCUAGACUAGAAGAACUGGAGCCUGGGACCAUCGUCCAGGUGGGAAGCAGCUCCUGCUUUGUGGGCCACGAGGUCUCCAUGGAAGCACCAGGCCUGCCACCGUGGGCCACGGCCGGCGUGGCCACGUGCAGGCAGAACUCCGUGGGCCGUGGCCAGCGUGGCCUGCUGGCCUGGGUGUCGCUGAGGGUGACCAGGUUAGGCCACGGAGAGGCCCAUGCCAUUGAAAGAAGGAUCUAUGACUUCAUUUCCACGCCGGGCCCCCCAGGGCGACAGGGCAGGAACGGGCCGGGAAAGAACAUCCACGCCGGGCCCAGCGCCAGGGACCCUCCCCGCUGCCACGGUGCAUCUGGACCCACUCAUGUCAGGACCGAGGCGCUGACAUCUGAAGUCCAAGUCCGGGCCCCACUGCGGGGGCCUGGUGCCUCCUGCCCACCACGUGGGGACGGCCGCCCCAGACGGCGCCCCGGGAGUCAGCUGCAGGUCACAGUGGGGCCCUGGGGGCUGGAACAGCAACAAUGCCUGGACUUAGACACUGGGGUCUCUGCAUCCCACUUCUGGACGCAAGGACCGUCCGGGCCUCAGUUGGAGUCCAGUGUCACAGGUGCCCCAGGGGAAGACGAGGGUGUGGCUGCCGCCCUGGUUCUCGUGCACCCCAGUGUCACUGCUGAUGGGGACCAGCGGUCGGCCCUGACAGCGACAAGGCCCAUCAGAUGCUUGGUCACCAUCCGCACCCCUCUCCAGACCUGGGCACCUCGCAGGCAGGUAGGUGGGCUCCAGGGUCAGCUCCCACCUGCCAUGCGGCACCCCUGA